AUAGCAUGGAAAUCACGUGACAAUAACAAAAUGGCAGCACAAAUAACGUCGGGUCCUAUGCAGGGAAAUGUUAGAAAACCCGACCUUUUCAGCAAGCUAGAGGGUUUUAACGAUGAUGUCAACAUGGCUGUGUUCAUCCCCCGGGAGGAUGGGGUUAUCACUGUCAGUGACGAUAAAACCUUGAGGGUGUGGUUGAAGCGUGACACAGGACAAUAUUGGCCAAGUAUAUGUCAUACAUUACCCUCCCAAGCCGCAUCCUUAGCUUACAAUGAAGAAACCAGAAGAAUGUUUAUUGGCUUGGACAAUGGUACUAUUUCAGAAUUUAAUCUUGCUGAUGAUUAUAACAGAAUGUCUCAAACUAGAGAUUACCUAGCUCAUCAAGGCAGGGUGACAUCACUGAAGUUUUCUCUGAACUGUGAGUGGGUACUCAGCUGUGCUAGAGACAAGUAUUUCCAGUGGCACUGCUCCGAGACAGGACGUCGUCUGGGUGGCUACCAGGCCUCGGCCUGGUGCCUGUGUUUAGAAUUUGAUGAACAAUCAAAGUAUGCUUUUGUGGGGGACUAUUCUGGACAGAUUUCUGUAUUGAGGAUUAGCAACACUGAAUUCAGUUUAAUUGUCAACCUAAAAGGUCAUUCAGGAAGCGUGAGGAGUUUGGCCUGGGACGCUGAGAGAAGUUUACUUUUCUCGGGGAGUUUUGACGAGUCUGUGAUUGUGUGGGACAUUGGUAGUAAACAAGGGACAGCAUUUGAACUGCAAGGACACCAUGAUAAGGUGCAGGCGCUAGUUUAUGCCUCUGGCAGUAAACAACUUUUAUCUGGAUCUGAUGAUUCCAUCCUUGGUAUAUGGAAUAUGGACGUAAAACGAAUAGAGACACCAUCUUGGGAAGAAAGUGAUGUUUGUCAAAAAUGCAAUACACCAUUCUUCUGGAAUUUUCGUCGGAUGUGGGAAGAAAAAACAUUUGGCAUAAGACAGCAUCACUGUAGAAAAUGUGGUAAAGCAGUAUGUAACAAAUGUAGUGCCAAAAAAUCCACUAUCCCCCCGCUGGGGUAUGAAUAUGAAGUACGGGUAUGUGAGGACUGCUUCUCCAGCAUCACCGAGGAAGAGAAAGCUCCUUUGGCAACUUUCCAUGAAAUCAGACAUCAAGUUCUAUAUAUGAAUUUAGAUCAAACUCGCAAGAGGCUGCUGACAGUGGGUAGGGACAAGGUUGUAAAGUUAUGGGAUGUUAGUACUGUGUUGCACUAUCUGAAAAUAAUGGGACAUAAGAUGUGGACUUCCUUUUUGUUAUUGGGGAUUACGAUAUCAAUGUCCUCCGCCAUUACUAAUUUCCAAUAUCCAAAUGUUAACCCUUGCAUAAUUUUUGAUGCAAGUCUUCAAAUAACCGUAAUUGGAAUUUUCAAGUCCGCUCCGCAGGCAAAGCAAAUAACAUUGGACAAUAAGGCGGUGGUAAUGAACACGAGUUUCUGUGAUAACGGAAACUCGUCCAGCAUUGACUUCCUGUUAGAGGGCGGGAUCGGUUUUACAGUACUGUUCCAGAAAACCAAUGAUUCCGUCAAGAUGAUGCCGUCCACUACAUUCAUCCCCGCGAUUAUUUUCAAACAGUUUACAAAUGACACGACUCAGUUGGAAUUGCAAAGCACCAAAGGCAAGCUACUUCCGGAAUCAAACGUUUCUUAUUCAUGUUUUACUGGAGACACGCCCAUUGUGAUGACGAACGGAAGCAGUAAAGGAAUAUCGUACCAUGCAAUUAUUUCCAUCACAGAAUUACAGGUGCAAGCGUUCGACAUCCAGAACGGAACACUUAGUCCCGGUGACAGUUGUGACGCUAUACCGAUUACCAGUACGGCGGCCCCUCACACACCAGCGCCAGGGAACCCGCCAGUGAAGACCUACACCGUAAAGAAUGGGAACUCAAACUGUAUCGUGCUUCAGGCAGGGAUCGAAUUCACCAUACCUUACACAAGCAAAGGGGUGCGUGCAAAUAAGACAAUCGGGGUACCCGACACUGCCCAGGUGACCGGGAUGUGCGGUGGAGGUGUCGCUACCACCCAGUCCGUUACCCUGAUGUUUUACGGGGAUUGGCUUCUUAACUUCAUUAUAUCACACUCCUUGUCCUCUCCGGACCACUUACUGAUGGACGGAACAACUUACGGAAUCAAAGAAAUCUCUCUGGAGUAUAAUUUGACGUCACUUUUCUUUCCUGAUGCCGACAAUAUCGGUGAGAAAUAUUUGGCGAAGCAGGUGUUCACACCACUGAAAUUUACGACCUCAGUGGGAAAUAGUUACAAGUGUGUUCCUACAACUCCUGUUGACGUGGGAGGAAUACAGACAAAAAUUAAGUCUUUUCAAUAUCUAGCCUUUGGAAAUCAAACCACAUUUGAUCCUACUGCAGUUACUGACUGCUCAGUUCCAAAUCCUGUCCCUCCUGAAGACCACGAUUACACAGGAACAAUUGUCGGUGUUGUUAUCGCAGUUUUCUUCACUGUUAUGGUCGUGAUAGGAAUAAUCAUCUACAAAAAGAGAGGAAAGGGAUCGUAUGAACAAGUUUACUGAGAUGUGUAGGAUGUUGUGCGAGUGUGUAUAUUGUACAAGAUAGCUAUGAUAUGGAGAGAACAUUUCCCCUAUAUAUGUAUACUUUAUAUCACUUCCGGGUAGUUUGUUUGAUAUGGAGAGAACAUCUCUCCUAUAUAUGUAUACUUUAUAUCACU